AGGGCCCGUAUGGGAUUUUUGCUGGAAGAGAUGCAUCCCGAGGUCUCGCCACUUUCUGCCUGGAUAAGGAGGCUCUGAGGGAUGACUAUGAUGACCUCUCCGAUCUCAACGCUACACAGCAAGAGACCUUGAGCGACUGGGAGUCACAAUUCAUUUUUAAGUAUCACCAUGUUGGUAAGCUGCUGAAGGAGGGGGAGGAACCCACUGUAUACUCUGACGAAGAAGAGAAAGAUGUCAAGGAUGCAAAGAAAGACUAG